CGCCGCGGCUGAGACCUAAAGCCCUGAACCCAAACCAUCCCCCGUCCCCCCUCCGCCGCCUCCCACCCAUGGCGCCCAGCGGCAAGUCCAGCCCCUCUACCGACGGCGCCGCCUCCACGGCGGACCGCAAGCCCUGGCGGCGGCCGCAGAUGAAGUCGAAGGCGGCGGGCAAGAAGAAGGCGGCGCAGGCGGCGCACAACAAGAAGCCCAAGUCGGGCGGGUUCGAGUCCAUGGGGCUCUGCGAGGAGGUCUACCGCGGGGUGCGCCACAAGGGGUACCGCGUGCCCACGCCCAUCCAGCGCAAGGCGAUGCCGCUCAUCCUCGCCGGGCUCGACGUCGCCGCCAUGGCCCGCACGGGCUCCGGCAAGACCGCCGCCUUCCUCGUGCCCAUGCUCCAGCGCCUCCGCCACCGCGACCCCGGCGCCGGCAUCCGCGCCCUCAUCCUCUCCCCCACCCGCGACCUCGCCACGCAGACGCUCAAGUUCACCCACCAGCUCGGCAAGUUCUCCGAUCUAAAAACUGGCCUAAUUGUUGGUGGAGGUAGUAUGGAGAGUCAGUUUGAAGUAUUGGCUGAUAAUCCCGAUAUAAUAAUUGCAACACCUGGUAGGUUUGAGCACAUCUUGUCAAUGGUUGAUGACUUGUCACUGCGAUCAGUAGAAUAUGUUGUAUUUGAUGAAGCGGAUUCCCUCUUUAGUUUGGGGUUCGCUGAGCAGUUACACAAAAUUCUACACAAGUUGAGUGAUACAAGGCAAACAUUGCUCUUCAGUGCUACUAUGCCGAAAGCCCUUGCAGAAUUCGCAAAAGCUGGCUUGCGUGAUCCCCAAGUCAUAAGACUUGAUUUGGACAAAAAGAUCAGCCCUGAUCUGAAGCUUGCCUUUUUCACACUGCGUCAGGAAGAGAAACUAGCUGCUUUGCUGUAUUUGGUCCGGGAGCGUAUCAGCUCUGAGGAGCAGACAAUGAUAUUUGUUUCAACGAAGUAUCAUGUAGAGUUCUUGAAUAUUCUUUUCCGAGAAGAGGGCUUAGAAGCUUCCCUUUCCUAUGGUGCCAUGGAUCAAGAAGCCCGCACUAUUCACAUUUCAAGAUUCAGGGCAAGGAAGACCAUGCUACUUAUAGUGACAGAUGUUGCUGCAAGGGGUCUGGAUAUUCCAUUGCUUGAUAAUGUAGUGAACUGGGACUUUCCUGCUAAACCGAAGUUAUUUAUUCAUAGAGUUGGCCGAGUAGCUCGGCAAGGUAGAACUGGUACAGCAUUUACAUUUGUCACUUCAGAGGACAUGCCAUUUUUACUGGACCUACAUCUCUUUCUUUCAAAACCUCUUAGACCUGCUCCAACGGAGGAGGAACUGCUGAAAGACAUGGAUGGAAUGAAUUUAAAAAUCAACCAAUCUCUUGCUGAUGGGGAAACGAUAUAUGGCCGUUUUCCUCAGACAGUACUUGAUCUUUGCUCUGAUGGAGUAAAAGAAGUCAUCAGUGGAUGCACAGAUCUGAUUGCAUUGGAAAAGCCAUGCGCUAAUGCUUUCCGCUUGUAUCUGAAGACCCGCGCUAUGCCUUCAAAAGAAUCUGUCAGAAGGGCAAAAGAUUUGCCUCGUGAAGGUCUUCAUCCAAUUUUCAGAGAUGUUCUUAGACCAGAUGAAAUUUCAGCUAUUGCGUUCUCGGAGCGGCUGAAAUCAUUUCGGCCAAAGCAGACUAUUCUAGAGGCUGAAGGUGAAGCUGCUAGAUCAAGAAGUUCUAAAGGUAGCAAUCAAUGGCUAGAUGUGAUGAAGAAGAAAAGAGAAGUCCAUGAGGGGAUCAUAAAUUUGGUGCAUAAACAGUCUGGUGAUCUGGCAACAAAGGAAGAAGAUACAGAAAACAUUUCUAAUUGGGAGAAAAAAGAAGUUUGUGGUAAGAAGCGGAAGUCACAGAGCUUUAGAGAUGAGGAUCACUACAUAAGUUCGGUGCCUCAAAACCAACAUUCAGAAGCUGGGUUGUCAGUAAAGGGAAAUGAAGGAUUUGUUCAAGAUAGAUUGGAUGCUGCUGUCCUUGAUUUGGUCGAUGAUGAAACUUCUGGAAUGCAAGCCCAGAAAACUCGAUAUCACUGGAUGAAGAACAAGUUUGUCAAGUUGAAUAAUGGGGAUCGUGUCACUUCUACAGGAAAGAUUAAAACGGAAAGCAGUGCAAAGAUUAAGGCAAGUAAAGAUAUCUAUAGGAAAUGGCAGCAGAAGUCACAUAGAGCAAUCGGUUCUGGUGGAAAAGAUGGUGCAGAAGGAGGCACAUCCACACCAGCUGGCUAUCAAAGAGGAAACAGAAGAUACCCUGCAGCAGGUCGCGGGCGUUCGUCUAUACCAAAUGCUGAUGUGCCAUCAGAGAUAAGAAACCCCCAACAGAUGCGGAAGGGCAGGCAGGAAAAGGCGAUGCAAAAUCUGCGCAGGAAUGACAAAUCUGCAAAAGACGGUAAAUCUCCCGGGAAGUUCCAGAAAAACAGGAGGCCUAAUGGAUCUGGGAGAGAUGAUAAAUUCCAAGACAGUAGAUCCCAGAAGAGCCGAAGACCAGACGGGAAAGGGAAAGGGGGCGGAAAAGGGAACGCCAAAGGGUUUGGUAAAGGUAAAGGAAAAGGCAAAGGCAACCCCAAAGGGAGGGGUACCAGGUGAUUAUCUGGCCACAAGAAAGAAAUAUUGUUGUAGAACCAACAGGAAAGAAGUCCGCGUGUCUGAUAUGUCGCGUGCUUGUUACUUAACCUAGACCAGGUCCCUGGUUCAGUUCAGUUUUGUUUCACUUCUAUUGUGAUAGCCGGGGAAAUAACCAUGAUUUUGCCAGAUAUAUGUAACCGCCUUUGUUGUGACGAGAAGUAACCAUGGGCUCAAUUUGAUUUGCAUCCACCA